GAGCGAGAGGAGGAGGAGGAGGGAGGCGUCGCUUCAUCGCGCGCAGGCGCAGUGCGCCGCUCGCCUCUCGUUUUCCAGCCCGGCCGGAGCGUGUUGCAGUUUGCAGAAGAACUUCAGCUGAUCGGGAGAGCUGGUGUUAAGAGCAAAAAGUGGACACCAGUUCAUUCUUUUUUCCUGCACAAGUUUCCAAAGGAAGCUGAUCUCCAGAAGGGAUCUAAAGAAGAUGUCUUAUGGAUCCAUUGAUGGCGGUGGGUUUGGUAGCAGAAAUACCUUUGGAGGACCAUCCAGACAAGGGUAUCAACCUUUAGCCACCCAGAUCGAUCCGAACGAACUCCAAGAUAUUUUUCAAACCACCUCGGCCAGCAUCUUCCGAAUUAAUGCCAAUGUGACAUCUCUGGAAAGAAGCCUUAAAGCUGUUGGGACAGAAAAUGACACCCCGGAACUGCGUGACGGCCUUCACACAACUCAACAAGAGACCAACAAAACCGUCACUACGUGCACAAGUGCCAUCCGACAGCUGUCCGAGGGUAUCAGAAGCUCUUCUAGGCAAGAACGACUCCAGCUUGACCGGCUGAAGAAUCAACUUUCCGAUGCCAUUCAACGAUAUGGAACAAUACAAAAGAAAAUUGCAGAGAGAUCCAAGGCUCUGUUUCCAGUAAGGCAGAAGAGUAAAAAGCAGGUAAGCGGACUUUUUUUUUAAAGAAGAAUAAUUCCCUCUCGAUUCCGU